AUGAAGCUCACCCCAUCCUUCCUGGGAGCCGCCCUCGCGGGUACGGCCCUGUCCGUGUCGGUGCCCCGUUCCGCGUCGCACGUCAUCCAGGACGAGUCGAGCUACGACUACAUCGUCAUCGGCUCCGGUCCGGGCGGCGGCCCCCUAGCCGUCAACCUGGCCACCGCCGGCCACAGCGUCCUCCUCCUGGAGGCGGGCAAGAACAAGACCGACACCUACAACCAGCGCAUCCCCGUCUUCUUCGGCGAGGCCCAGUGGGACACGGAGCAGGGCUGGUGGUUCUACACCAAGAACUACCUGGACGAAGAGCAGAACGCGCGGAGCACCAAGGUGGUGUGGGAGAAGCCCGACGGCGGCAAGUGGGUCGGCCUCGACGCGCCCGAGGGCUCCAAGCAGCUGGGCCUGUGGUACCCGCGCGCCGGCACCCUGGGCGGCUGCGACACCCACAACGGCGGCCUGACCGUCCGCCCCUCCGACUGGGACUGGGACAACAUCAAGGACAUCACCGGCGACGAAAGCUGGGGCCACGAGCACAUGCUGCACUACUUCCAGCGCAUCGAGCGCAACACCUACCUGCCCUACAACGCCUCCGGCCACGGCUUCAGCGGCUACCAGCCCAUCGGCGUCGGCAACAAGACUCUCAUCGAGCGGGAGCCCCAGGUCCUCGCCAUCGGCCAGGCCUCCGCCGCCGCCCUCGGCUACGAGGACCGCGCCGCCAGCACCGACUGGGACGUCGUCGCCAACUGGGACAUCAACGCCGACACCCCCGACCGCGACAGGCAGAACGACGUCUACCAGAUCCCCUUCAAGCGCGGCGAGAACAUGGAGCGCUACAGCGCCGGCAACCGCGUCAACGACGGCGUCCGCCAGAAGAUCCCCCUGACCGUCCAGUUCGACAGCUUCGUCACAAAGGUCGUCCUCGACUCCGACAACAGGGCCACCGGCGUCGAGUACCUCAAGGGCGAGAAGCUGUACCGCGCCGACCCCCGCUCCACCAAGAACAGCACCGGUAUCCCCCACGCCGUCCGGGCCAACAAGGAGGUCAUCGUCUCCGGCGGCACCUUCAACACCCCUCAGAUCCUCAUGCACAGCGGAAUCGGCCCCGCCGACCACCUCAGGGAGCACGGCAUCCCCGUCAAGAUCGACCUCCCCGGCGUCGGCCGCAACCUCCAGGACCACUACGAGGUCCCCAUCAUCCAGGAGCUCCCCAAGAACUUCACCUUCUUCGGCGAGUGCACCUCCCCCGAGACCGUCGACAGCAACCCCUGCUUCCGCCAGUGGCGCGAGGGUGGCGGCCCUUGGGCCACCCUCGGCUUCUUCGAGUUCGUCCUCUGGACCUCGUCCGUCGCCCCCCGCGGCGAGCGCGACAUCAUCCUCUACGGCACCGGCACCGCGGUCACCGGCCACGUGCCCCCCUACACCAACGCCACCAAGCUCUCCCUCGGCAGCAACUACUACACCUACACCAUCUCCGAGUCCCACCCCCACAACCGGGCCGGCCGCAUCCUCCUCAACUCCGCCGACCCUCUCGACGUCCCCGACAUCAACUUUGAGUACUUCCACGACGGCGGCGACAACGACAUCCAGGCCAUCGUCGAUGCCAUCGAGUUUACCCGCAAGAUCUUCGACUCCCUCCCCGGUGGCCCCAACGCCACCCUCGGCGAGGCCUUCCCCGGCCGCCACAUCAAGACCCAGGAGCAGCUGCGCCAGUACGUCCGCGACGAGGCCUACGGCCACCACGCCAGCGGUACCUCCUCCAUCGGUGCCGACGACGACCCUCUGGCCGUUCUCGACUCCAGGUUCAGGGUCAGGGGCGCCAAGAACCUUCGUGUUGUGGACGCUUCCGUCUUCCCUACCACUCCCGGCACCUUCCCUCUUAUCAGUUGGUUCAUGAUGAGCGAGAAGGCCAGCGACACCAUCUUGCAGGAUGCCGCAGAUGUAUUCAAACUGAUCGGGGUUUAA